ACGCGCGCCACGCGGAUGCGCGCUCGCUUUGUCCCACCUCCUGGCCGGCCCGCUCAUUGGGAGGAGGGAGCGCGCUUCGGAGAGAAUGUGCCGCAGCCGUGCGUAUGUGCUCCGGGUGGAAACUGGAGCCGGCGGCGGCGGCGUUCCGGGGGCGGAGAGGACGGGGGAGGCGGGAAGGCUGCGCGCCGCCCGCUCCUCCCCACCCCCCGCCUCGGCCCUGAAGGGGCUGGAUGGGCGAGUUGGGCGCGAUGGCUCGAUCCUGGGCGGCGGCGGCGGCGGCGGCGGCUGGAGGUGGUGGCGCGUCCUCCUCCUUGCCCCGGCGCCGGCGGUGAUCCGAGCGAGUGGCCGCGGCCCCCAAUGAGACUGCUCGCGGGCUGGCUGUGUCUGAGCCUGGCGUCCGUGUGGCUGGCGCGGAGGAUGUGGACCCUGCGGAGCCCGCUCACCCGCUCCCUGUACGUGAACAUGACGAGCGGCCCCGGCGGGCCGGCGGCGGCCGCCGCGGGCGGCAGGAAGGAGAACCACCAGUGGUAUGCGUGCAACAGAGAGAAAUUAUGCGAAUCACUCCAGGCUGUCUUUGUUCAGAGUUACCUUGAUCAAGGAACACAGAUCUUCUUAAACAACAGCAUUGAGAAAUCGGGCUGGCUAUUUAUCCAAUUAUAUCACUCUUUUGUGUCAUCUGUUUUUAGCCUGUUUAUGUCUAGAACAUCUAUCAAUGGGUUGCUAGGAAGAGGCUCAAUGUUUGUCUUUUCACCAGAUCAAUUUCAGAGAUUGCUUAAAAUUAAUCCAGACUGGAAAACGCAUAGACUUCUUGAUUUAGGUGCUGGAGAUGGAGAAGUCACAAAAAUAAUGAGCCCUCAUUUUGAAGAAAUUUAUGCCACGGAGCUGUCUGAAACUAUGAUAUGGCAGCUUCAGAAGAAGAAAUACAGAGUGCUGGGUAUAAAUGAAUGGCAGAAUACAGGGUUCCAGUAUGAUGUCAUCAGCUGCUUGAAUUUGCUGGACCGCUGUGAUCAGCCCCUGACUUUGUUAAAAGAUAUCAGAAGUGUCUUGGAGCCAACUAGAGGCAGGGUCAUCCUUGCUCUGGUCUUACCUUUUCAUCCCUAUGUGGAAAACGUAGGUGGCAAGUGGGAUAAACCAUCAGAAAUUUUGGAAAUCAAGGGACAGAAUUGGGAAGAACAAGUGAAUAGUCUGCCUGAAGUUUUCAGAAAAGCUGGUUUUGUUAUCGAAGCUUUCACUAGACUGCCAUACCUGUGUGAAGGUGACAUGUAUAAUGACUACUACGUUCUGGAUGACGCUGUCUUUGUUCUCAAACCAGUAUAAACACGUGGAGGUUGACCUCUUCACCGUCCACCCCAGGAAUGUAUGCUCCGGAAGAGGGUCUGCGUUCUCAAUUAUGUGAAGGGAGGACCUUUGGGGACUGCCAUUCUAAAUAUCAUGUAGGAACUUUAAAAGCCAAAAUACUAAUUAUUUCUUUGUAGUGUGUAAAAGGAAUGUUUUUAAAAAACAAAAACCCAACUCUUUGAGGAUUUUUAUUAACUCUUUACUCAGUAAUGCAGGUCACACUCCGAUUAUGGAAGAUAUUUUUUAUACUUAAUUGCAGUAGGGGCUCAUUCCCAGGCAAAGCAAUAGUCAUGACUUCACAUGGAACCAAUAAAUAUGGAUUGUUUUUAAUAAAAUGAAGACUGGCAAUAAAGCUGUCCAUCCAGUUGCAAAUAUUGGUUAUAGGAUAUAGCCACUGAUACUCUUUCAUGUUUAGAAAUUCUAUCAUUAUUCAAGAAAAUGUUUUUAAUCAUGCUAAUAAACUUUUUUGGAGAUGA